GAAUUGUAUUGAUCCUCUUGCUCUUCGUUCUCCACUGACGUCGGCGCGCAAGGAUUAGUUGCGGAGGCGCCACCUUUGGAAUUUCAACCCUCGCCGACUGUCGUUGGUCGUUUCGGCCUUCGGCCACGGUUUUCAAACACGUCUGAGACCGUCUCGAAGGUUGUUUUGACGCGACACGAACGUUGCGUGCCGUAAUUCCAUUGCCAUGCACACUCACUCAUCUCUCCUGCUGUUGCUGAUCGACUGGCGUGUUUGCAGUGUCGCCGAUAAUUAUACCAAACUUUAUAUAAAUAGCAAUGAUUUCUCUCGCUCGAUUUAAUAAUAGUACAAUACGGAGGCUGUGGUCUAGCACAAAUAAUGCAACAAGACUUUUAUCCUCAUCCCAAACAGCGACGGACAGUGCCAAAGGCUCAGAGGAACUCAAAAUAAGUGACAGUUGCGUAGAAAGGCUGAAGGAAAUCACUUCAGACGAUGGUGGGCACCUGAGAAUCACAGUCGAAGGUGGUGGUUGCUCCGGCUUUCAAUAUAAAUUUGAUAUUGACAACAAAAUCAAUGACGAUGAUAGGAUUUUGGAAAAAGGUGGAAUUAAAGUGGUAGUUGACAUAACAUCACUAGAUUAUCUAAAAGGCUCCACUGUCGAUUACCACAAGGAGUUGAUCAGAUCAGCUUUUAGGAUCAUCGACAACCCCAAGGCGGAGCAGGGUUGUUCAUGUGGGGCAUCAUUUGCAAUUAAAAUUGACUAAUAAGGCUUCUAGUGAAAUAUUUGAAUUAUUAACAAGUGAUAUAUUAUGAGGUUACUACUCGGUUGUAUAUAUUUGUUGGAAUAACACAUUGUUACAAAUUAAUUCAAUUAUUAUUUUAAUCAAUCAAUAUGUAAGUAAUAAUGUACUGACAUCGCCUAAAUUCUGAAUUUGGUAAAUGGAAUUAAAUUUGCAAAAUUAAAAAUCUGAACAACCACA